UUUAUUUUUUUCAUAUAACACAAAUGUUAAAUAAAUUUUCUAUAUAAAAGAGAAAAUAAGUUUUGACACUUACAAACGUAAUAUUCAUAACAUAACCUUGAAAUGAACUGACAAAUAUUACUAAUAGUGAAAAAUAAACAAUUGUAGAGUUUUUUAUUUUGGAUAAACCAUAUUUAUAAUAAAGAUUUUAAGAAAAUGCUUUCGAUGGAAAAAAUUCCAGAUCAAAUUGGUUAUCUAGUAUUGACAGAGGAUGGAGCAGUAUUAACGUCUGGCGGUGAAUUGGAAAAUGAUGAAAGAAUUGCUAAUAUUAUAAUGAGUUUAGUUUCUCUAACUGAUAAAAUAGAUUUUAAAGCAUUUUCAUCUAAUGAAGAAAAUCUACAGCAACGAAUACAACAAUAA